AACGAAGAAUUUGACAGUUUUGUUUGUUUUGGCGAUAAGGAAUUAGUCACCAGCAAUACAUUUCCAAAGUUGUUGUUCCGCGACGGGAAUAUGAAUCGACUGUUUGGAAAAGGAAAACCUAAAGAACCCGGCCCCAGUAUAACUGAUUGUAUUCAAAAUGUGGACCAAAGAGCCGAAGCGGUGGAGAAAAAGAUUGCUGGACUGGAGAACGACCUACGUAAAUUUCGCGAUCAGAUGGCGAAAAUGCGGGAAGGUCCGGCCAAGAACGCAGUCAAAGCGAAAGCGCUGCGCAUCUUGAAACAGAAGAAACUCUUUGAGAAUCAACUGGACAAUUUGCGUGGUCAGUCAUUCAACAUGGAACAGGCAAACUUUGCUCAUCAAACUCUAAAGGAUACUCAUACGACGGUGGUGGCUAUGAGGGAUGGCAUGAAACAAAUGAAGAAGGAGUUUAAGAAGAUUAACAUUGAAGAUAUUGAUGAUGUGCAGGACGAACUGGCGGACAUGCUGGAACAGGCUGAUGAAGUUCAGGAAGCUUUGGGGAGGACUUACAAUACCCCCGAAGUAGAUGACGAUGAGUUAGCUGCCGAAUUGGAUGCAUUGGGAGAUGAAAUUGCUUUGGAUGAUGAUCAGAGUUACUUGGAUGAUGUGCUUAAAGCACCGGAAGCACCCAGCAACAAGCCGGAGGCUGACAAGUCCAAAACCAAUAAAGACGGUAUUCAAGUGGACGAGUUUGGCUUGCCGCAGUUGCCUAAUCACUGAAUAACUGGGAUAUGUUUUAAUAAAUAGUGUAUAUCGUAUAUAAUUGUUAAAUUUAUUUUUCAUUAAAAGGCGACUUUUGUUCUGUUUUU